GGCGCAAGAGGCAGGAGCGUUGCAUUGUGGUUGCCGCCGGUUGCCUGCACAGAAACAGAAACCGUACGGCAACUCUCCAGCUAACUACGGCAAUAUUCAGCCUGGAAAAGACAUUGAAGACUUAGUUGUUCGUGAUCUGUUACAUCCUACAAAGCAGCCAUGUCGUCGACAUCCCAGAAACAUAGAGACUUUGUGGCCGAGCCCAUGGGUGAGAAGCCUGUGAUGGCUCUAGCAGGCAUUGGAGAGGUCCUUGGCAAAAGACUGGAGGAGAAAGGCUUUGACAAGGCGUAUGUUGUCCUCGGGCAGUUUCUAGUGCUUAAGAAAGACGAGGAGCUUUUCCGUGACUGGCUGAAGGACACUUGCGGGGCAAAUGCAAAACAACAAGGUGACUGCUAUGGUUGUCUUAAAGAAUGGUGUGAUGCCUUCCUAUAAAGGGUUCAGUCAUUGUUUUCUACUUCUCACGUCCAAACUGUACAUUACCUCUUCAGUGAUCUUAAUUCAAUUCAGCUACACCAUAUAUAUAAACUGACACUGUAUAAAUUGAAGGUAAAUUGCAGUCAACGUGUUUUUAAAUUAUAUUGAAAGCUGUUAAGUGUAUUUCUGGAAUGCUGCGACGCCCUGAUAUAACUCACACACGCCCUUCUGCUGGUAUUUGAUAUGUUGCUCUAGACUAGUAAUCCACAACUUUCUCUCUUUAUAUUCAAUCACAAAAUGACAGUUCUAUCUGUCUGUAAUGUCUACUUCCUUUCAGUAGCCAUUUGGAUUUCAGAUAUUUUGACUUGUCAUUAUAGUAAAACCUAAGGAAACCUAAAUGCAGACGUUAUUAAUGUUAUUACCAUUGUGACAAGUCAAAAUGUCUGCUGUGAGAACUGUCUAGGGGAGCUGUCUGGGGAAAAAAGCUGCUCAAUAUAGAUCGUUGUAAUACUGCCUGUACUUUCUGUUUAAGGUUGAGGUUUGAGGUGACCCUUUUAAGCUCCAGUUUGCUCUGUUUAAACAUUUUACCUUCAGAAAAAGCUUUGAUGUGCCUCAGUUCAGGACACAUUUUUCCUUCUGUGUAAUGUGAUGAUUUACCAUCACGGUUCAGACUAAUAUUUGUACUCUCCUUCAACUCUUGGCUGUUUUGCCCCAUUCGUCUGUUUUUUAAAGCCUUUGGAAAGUUGAUGUAAGCUGUAUUUUUUUAAAUGCAGCUCAUUAUAUCACAGUUUGGUAUCAUGUAUUCUUUAAUCCACCACCAAUGUUCAUAUGGUUUGAAGGUUUGAAGUGUAUCGCAUUGGGAUGUGAUUGAUUUAUGGAACACAACACAAGCCUAUGAUAGAAUGUAUUAGAAUCUCCAGUAGAAAUUGAACUUGUUUCUUAUUCUGUGACUCAAAAACCCAGUGAGAGUGAGUCCAAACCUGUCCACUCUGAUAGUUAGAAGUAAGAGGUCUUUGAUUUACCUCUGAAUGACAAAAGGUAAAUGACUGAUUUGAGAUUCCAGUGGCUUUCAAUGAAGACAGAAUACCACCUACAGCAUGUGUUUUGUAACACCAACAGGCCUGAUUGAGUUCAGGUGAUCAUAGCUGAGCUUUGGUAUGAUCCAUUUGCCACUGUAUUUCUAAACAUAAGAUGCCUUAAUGCAUGUUUGGUCAGAUGGCCUAUAAAACCUACAGUAGUGCAUGUCUAGGCUGUAUCACACAGUCUUCCACUGACUGAUUAGUGCUUGCACCCACCAGUCGCCGGCUAAAUUAAGAUGUAACCAUUGCGUAGCAGCCCCCUGUUAAAACACUGGCUUAUGUGUUUGCAUUUGACUGUGAAAACUCUUCAGUUUUUAUAUUGCUCUUAUUAUUACAAAGAAAUAAAGGCAAGUAUCAGA